GUACCGAAAAGCCUUUCACAUGUUCAGAGCCCGGCUGCAUCAUGGCCUUCAAAAGAAAGGGGCACUUAAGACGUCAUAUUACUGCAGCACACAGUACCGAAAAGCCUUUCCAAUGUUCAGAGCCCGGCUGCAUUAAGGCCUUCAAAAGAAAGGAAUGCUUAAAACGUCAUAUUACUGCAGCACACAGUACCGAAAAGCCUUUCCAAUGUUCGGAGCCCGGUUGCAUCAAGGGCUAUAAGUACAAGAACAAGCUCACCCUCCAUAUAGCGAAGGAACACUCAAAGGGUGGAUAGGACGUAUAUGGGCGAGGAAGUAGAACAUAAGGUGUUGGGUGUCACGGGUCUACUAGGUGUGCACGAUAGUAGGGGUAGAAUAGAGCUUGAGAUUGUUAAUAAGGAGGAAAAGGUCUGCAAGCCUGAAC